AUGGAAAAGCUUGCCUUCGCUCUUACCAUAGCAUCAAGGAAACUUCGGCCAUAUUUCCAAGCUCACACGAUAAGGGUUCUCAUUGAAUACCCUCUCAGAAAGGUACUUCGCAAAUUACACUUAUCUGGGAGACUGGCCAACUGGGCAAUUGAACUUGGAGAAUUUGAUAUCGAAAUCCUUCCUCGCAACUCCAUCAAAGAUCAGGCAUUGGCAGACUUCUGGGUAGAAUUUACUAAUCUGCCAGAUGCUGAACAAUGGCGGAGAGACGAAACUUGGGUGGUUUAUGUAGAUGGGUCAUCCACAAGAAGACAUGGUGGAGCUGGGGUAAUACCAAUCACCUCAAAAGGAGAAGAGCUGCGUAGCUCCAUAAGGUUGGAGUUUAGAACUUCCAACAAUGACGCUGAGUACGAGGCCGUAAUAGCUGGACUUAGCCUAGCUCAAGAGAUGGGAGCCAAAUUCAUUGAACUACGAAGCGAUUCUCAAGUGCUUGUCGGGCACAUCCAAGGGGAAUUCGAAGCCAAGGGAGAUAAAAUGAGGUUGUUCUUGUCAAAGGUACAAGACUUGCAUAGUUCCUUCAAGAAGUUCUGCAUCAUAAAAAUCCCAAAGGAAGAAAAUGAGGGAGCAGACCACCUUGAUCGGAUCGCAUCAACCAAGGAGUCUAUAGGAGAAUCUGAAGAGAUAAUUCAAACUUUGUCCCAACCUACCAUAGUCGAGGUAGUCUCGGUCUCAACAGCCGAGGCAGUACCAGAUUGGCAAAAGGAAGUGGUGGAAUAUCUAGAGAAAGGAAUUUUCCCAGCAGGAAAGAAGUCGACUAUCCAGCUAAGGAAAAAGGCUGCUAGAUUUACCAUGGUAAAUGGAAUCAUCUACAAACGAGGUUUCAUGUUACCACUUCUUAAGUGCGUUUCCAAAGAAGAAGGACUUGGUGGAGAUGGUCAGAAAUUGGAACAAAUGCCAACUUUUCGCCAACAUUACCAAGCAACCCCUAGAGGAAUUGAGCUCAGUCUCCUCACCACAGCUCUUCUCGCAAUGGGGGGUAGAUAUAGUAGGGCCACAACCUCAAGGAAAGGGGGUGUUCGGUUUGCAGUGGUAGCUGUGGAUUAUUUCACAAAGUGGGUAGAAGUGGACGCCCUAGUGAAUAUAACAGCUAAGAGCAUAGAGAUGUUUUUAUGGAAGAAUGUUAUCUGUCGAUACGACAUUCCACACGCAUUCGUCACAGACAAUGGAAAGCAAUUCGACUGCGAUUCAUUCAGAGAAUGGUGUGCCAAACUCCAUAUAAGAAAUUACUUCUCGUCCCCUGGGCAUCCCCAGGCAAACGGGCAAGUUAAAAUCACUAACAAGUCAAUCUUCAAACUUUUGAAGAAGAAACUUGGUGAUCGAAAAGGAGAUUGGGUGAAAGAUCUUCCAGAGGUUCUACGGCCUUAUCGGACUACGAGAAGAACUCCAACCGAGGAAACUCCCUAUGCUCUGGCCUUCGGGACCGAGGCGAUUAUACCUGUCGAGGUGGGCUCGAGCAACUUCCGAGUAGAAACUUUUUGGCCUGAGAAUAAUGAUGAAGGCUUACUUCGGCAUCUGGAUCUGCUACAAGAGAAGCGAGAUCAAGCUCAAGUGUCCAUGUCAGCAUACCAGGAGAGAGUAGCUCGGUAUUUCAACAAGAAGGUCAAACAUCGAAGCUUCAAAGUCGAAGAUUUGGUCUUGUGA